AUGCGGACCGCGGCGUUCGGCGGGCAGGCGCCCGUGCUCCUCGAGAGGCCCACGAAGCUGUGCGCCGCUGCACCCGCACGACCGGUUGCGAGGCCCAGCGGCCAGGACGCGGAUUGCCGGAAGCUGGCCGGCGCGGGCGCAGGAUGCGCGCUCGCUGCGCAGCGCAGGGCCCGGGUCAAGGGUGAUAGCGACGUUCUCUUGGGCGCCGUGCUGUCCGCGUUGCAUCUGCGCGGCAUCGCCAGCAAGGCUCCCCUGAGUCAGGCCCAACAGUCGGCACUGGAGGACACUCUGAGCGAGGUCGUGGCAAUCUACAGGCUCACCACGGAGAGGCAUCGCCAGAUGCCCGGUCACGCGGCGCUGAGCCGCAUGCCUUCCAGGCGCCUGUUCGGGGGCCUCCUGGAGCCAGAGGCCAAGGCCGCGACUACGUGCAGGCCGCCAAACCCCGUGCAGCAGGAGACGGACGACCUCCCCGCGCUGCUGGAGCACGCGUGCGGCGCGCAGGCGCUCCUGCAGAGCGCCGUCGCGCCGAGUGCGGCUCCAGACUCGUGGCCCGCUGGGCAGGUGAUCGUGCGCCCUGAGGGUGUGCCGUCUGCGAGCUUCGCCUUCAACCCGGGCCCCAUGUCCAGGGAGGAGGCGGAGGCGGAGGCGCAGGUGCUCUUCAGGCCGGCCGCUGGCAAGCAGGCGUGCCGCCACCUGCUCAGCAUUGCCCGGCUGACGCUGGUCUUCGAGGGCUGCGAGGCGCUGCAGGUCGGCGUGGCGCACCUGCUCCGGAGGCUGACCGUGGUGGCCGUCCUGAACCUCUACCCGGCGCCCAGCCGCCUUGGGGAGCAGUCGGUGCGCAUGCUGAUGGUGGUCGGGGGCGGAGGGCGCGACGGCGCCGCGCCCGCCCACGUCUGCGAGCUGCGGCUGGAGGAGCUGGCCUGGUGGCAGGCACGCGGCGCCGCGCGCAGGCACCUGGACCAGUUUCACGCUGCCUUGCGGGCCACCCACGGCGGCUCCAGCUCCGCGGCGAGCACGCAGGCGCUGUCCUGCCUGGUGCGCUCGGUGCUGUCGCGGCCGCCAGAGGGUCGCAGCCUGCGCGCCUUCCGCUGCAGACUGGCCAAGCGGUACGGCUCGACCGUUGCCGCCUGGCGAUCCGCGUUUGGCGGCGACUGGCACGCCAGCUUCGCGGCGUUCCAGAAGCACUUCCAGACGGUGCUGCCGAGAGAGGAGGCCGCCGUCCGCUGGAUGGAGCUGGACGCUGGCCUGGCCAGCACCGUCUCCCUGUUCGAGCUCGACCCCGAGGCCCCGGUGCUCCUGGAGCGGCUCCGCCGGAGCAUCGCGGCCGCGUCGAGCAGCUACGCGGAGGAGGCUGAAUUGGAGGCUUGUGAUUCUUAUGUGGACCGGCUGUUCGAGGUGAUGGCCUUCGAGUGUUGCAGGCGGGGUGCCAUUGCCCGUAUUGUUUGCCCUCUUUGUUUUGCAGGUUUGGAUAUGACUUUCGUUUGCCGUCUUUGUGCACUGCCACUCUCGCCUCGGCUGGCCCCUAACCCUGGAGAGCACCGGCUUAGCUCGAGAGCGAUCGCCAUUAUGUGUGCGCGAUACGGAUCCGGACGCAUUCCAUGA